AUGUAUACGGGCCAAGGACAGCUUCCCUGGAGCCCCUCCACGACCCUGCCCCUCCGCCCCCCGCGGAUGCUGCCGCCCGGAGCCUGCCAAGCCCCGAGCUGCCGGGGGGACGCCGGGUGCUCACAGCAGGAGGUCUGCUGCUACAACGGCUCACCUACACCUGCAUGGAAGCUGUGCAGCCCCCCGCCAGUUCUAGACUGGCUGGUGCAGCCGAAACCCCGACGACUUGGCGGCAGCAGCUGGCUCCUGGACGGCCCCGAGGAGGUGUCACAAGCAGAGUCGUGCAGCACCACCGUGGACGAGGAGGGGGAGGAGCUGCUGCUCUGUCCCUCGGGCUUCGAGUGCCUCAUCCUGGUCCCGGAGGACAAGGACAAGGGCAUCCCCAACCGCGGCCAGUGUGUCAGGGAGCCGCAGGCAGAUGGGCAAUUCCUACGCCAUGAAUUUCCCAAGGAAUACCCAGACGGCGACACAAAAAACGUGGCAGAGCAUGGAAAGGGACGACAGGGGAACUUUCCAUAAAGCAACAACCCACGGCUGAUUUGCGAGAACGUUCCUCCAGCUUCCUACUGAGCCUUGGGAACCCUUGGGUCACCACAGUUUGAUCCCCAGAGGCCCAGCUUGGCUGAGUGGGAGCCCGGGUAGUCUGAACCCCACUGGUCUCUGCCUUCUUAUCCGGGAAUGACUUAGGAGAGACCCCCAAGACCUUCGCCCUGAAGGGGAGCUGCCACCUCUGGGUGCCCCAGUGGAGCCCCUCCUAAGAGUUCGGGGUCUUGGUUAUUCACAUAUAUUCAGGGACCCUUGUACCCAUCCCACAUGUUCUCAAAAUAAACCCAUUCAUCAUAACAUGGAAAUGA